AAGAAUUAAAACAAAUAAAAACGCAUUUUAAUAAAAUCUCACCAUCUUCUUUCUUUAUCUCUCUCUCUCUCAAAGUUAGUAUCUCAGUACCUUUACGCUUUGUCUCUUCUUCUUCUUCAUCUUCUUCUUCUUCUUCUUGGAUUCAAAGAAUGGUUUCAUCAGAUGAUUGGACGAAGUGUGCGAUGAGAGAUGGUGAAGUGGUGGCAGAGCUUUUGGUGACGCUUAAAGAAGCCAAAGUAAUCAAGAAUCCGAUUGUAGCAGCACUCCGGUGGGGAAUCCGGCAGCCACGGUCUCGCUGUCCAAGAAAAGAAGCUGAAUCUAGAUGUAGUCCAAGUACACCACUAUCUUGGAGUGGUGGUUGUGGUGGUUCUUCUUCUUCUCCAUCUGGUUAUGUCGAUGGUUACGAAGCUACUAGUCGUCAAAUCAGUACCGUUGGAUCUAGAUCCAAGGUUCUUGUAACUUCAGAUUUGGAUUUUGAUGUCAAGAGAUUACAGAGGAAAAAGAACAUUGCAUCACUUAGAUCACCAUUCAGCGAGCGAGGCAUCGAAAACGAUAACUUGAAGAGAAUGAAGAUGAAUCAUAGUCAGAAUUUGGCAGAGAAUGAGAAUCGCAAGGCGGAUGGCAAUUUCUUGCUACCAGAUUUGAAUAUAAUGCCAUGUGACGAAAAUAGUGACCAUUUUUCGUCUUUGGGUGUGGAAACAACACUAUAUGGGAUAAGGAUUAUAAGUUGAAAGAAACUCACUUAAUCAUGAGAAGUGUUUUUGAGAAUCUGGUUCGAUCAGAGUAAGCUGAUUUGAUCAUCUUUGGCUCGGCUUUUGAAAAGGGUUCGCGCCACGCAGGAACUCGAAAAGACAAAAGAUCUUCUGUGUAUAAAUUCCUCUCAAGGAAGUUUCCAUUAUGGGGUGGUAUCUAAUUUUCUAUAAAGAUCAUCAACAAUGUGUAAGAUAGAUAAAACAAAGAGAAGAAUAUAAUAAUUUCUGAUUAUUUCUUUGUAGCAAGAACAAAAAUAGAUAUUUUGUAUGAUUAAAUUACCGGACUGGGCCUUUUUCCAGACAAA